AUGGGCCAAUCUUCCUCUAAACAAAAACAUUACCCAUUCCCUGUUCCAACUUAUCCUGCUGGAUAUGGACCACCGCCCCCAUUUGCUCCCCCUCAACAAUACCCACAACCACUCGCGUAUCCUACAGGGUACCCUCAAGGACCUUACGGUUAUGCACCACCCGUAUAUGGACAACCUAAUACUUUGCCACAACCACUUCUCAACUGGCUUCCUCAAGAUAAGCCUACACGAAAACGUAAGAUGACGAAGAGAGCCAACUCAGAGCAAUACCCAACGGGAUACGUUCCAAGUGAAAGUCAACACCAUCGUGCAUCCACCAGAACUCGUUCAAUGCCCCGUCCAGUAUCCACCCAACCUCAAGGUGGACCUGUCAUCCCCGGCCAAAAUACCCAAUCCUAUCAUCCCACAUCUCACUCUCACCGUCCACCUUCCCAAUCUCAACCACCUCCACUCUUCACGCCAGGGGCGGGGGCAACGGGGGCACCACUAACCAGCUUCCCAUCUCCUCAGGUAGCGCAAAACCCCAGACGUGCCGCAACUCCCUUUAUUGCCCCGUUCAGUGACAGCUUCUCCGACGACGAUGAUGAUGACCUGCCUCAAGAUCAUCAACAGACCUCUCGCUCCCAAUCACAUUAUGUCAACCCGGUGAAUCCACCCCCAGGACGGGUUCACAGUACAACACAACAACAACAACCCUCAAGUCGCCGUGAACCCAUCCAAUACCCACCACCACGGCCACUUCAAGCUGAACUCUCACACGUUAUCCAGCCUAUGUCACCUGCCGAACCCAGUGCUUUCGGUCCCCCAGACCUAGGACCGCAUGCACCUAUUGACAAUCCCCUCCCACCACCACCACGCGAUCUGUACGAGAUGACUCCAUACAAGGCGCUCCUCACCCUCCCACAGUCGACUGCUCUGCUGACAGCCACUUAUGGAGCUCAGCCUCCGACCCAGACAAUGCCAAUUUUGGCCUCUGGUGCCCCGGUCACGCAAACGCAAACGCAGCCCAAACGCAAAAAAGGAGGGCUUUUUAGGGCUUUUAGCUCGAGGGGACGUAGUACUAGCGGUAGCAAUGCGGAUUCCUCAUCGCAGCCGACAACAGUGCAGUAUAUCCCCGUGUUUGUGCCCCAGCAGCCUGGUCAAGCUUCAGCUACAGCGACAGGAGCUUUAGGAGCAUCAGCGUCGGCGUCAACGUCAAACCUUGGACAUGGGGGGUCUAAUCAUCUCCAUGGAGGGUCUAAUCAUGGCCAUGGAGGGUCUAAUCAUGGCCAUGGAGGGUCUAAUCAUGGUCAUGGAGGAAGGGGUGGUCAUGACAGUCAAAGCGGGACUAGUACGGCUGCUUCGACACCUCUAACGCCAACUCCUACAAGUGCAUUUGGGUCAGGCUUUCCCACCGGCAAUUCGGCAAGAGGCUUUCCUACAGGAAACUCGACGACCACAGGAUUUCCUACAGGAGGCACCACAGGUUUCACGUCGGCAGGGCUGGCAUCUGCAGGACUCACCUCCGGUGCCGCUGGUCCUUCUUCUGCUGCCAACCGUCGUCCGGAAUCCAUGGCGUCCUCGCAUCGCCCCCCUUCCAUCGUGCGGUUCAACCAGCAGGGCACGUACGGAGGUUUCAUGAAUCACUCAACGCACCGGGUGUUGUACAAGAACCAGACUUACCCCAGCGCAACGCACCUGCACGAAGCCAUGAAAUACCUUGAACAUCGACCAGACUUGGCGGAAAAUAUCAGGAAUUGCAGGGAUGUGAAAGACGUUUAUCCGCUUUCUGCUAGGUACCAGCAGUUCCAGCGACCGGACUGGGGGCAGGUGUUUUUGCAAUUGAUGGAGGAAACCUUGUUUCUGAAAUUCAAGCAACACCCUGACUUGCGCUGGUUGCUUACGGGGACGGAACGAGCCAUGCUUAUCUAUGCUGAUCCGAAUGAUUCAUUCUGGGGCGAGGGUAAUGGAACUGGGGCGAAUGAGUUGGGAAAAGCGCUGAUGAGGGUUAGGGAGAGGCUUGAGCGUGACAGGUUGGGCUGAUUGAGACGUUUCUGCCCUCCUCGUUUCCCUUUUCUAUUUCAUUUCUUUGGGUUUCUGUGGAUCUCUCGUUGUAUCUGUCUGCUGAUCUUUGCUUUCUUUUUUCUGCCAUUCCACCGAUAUUCACACCUAUGAUACCCUC